CAUGGGCAGCCAGUGGGGAAUUAUCCCACAUCGCAUCACAUGCCUUACAUUGCGUCCUUAUAUAAACGAAACGUUGCAUUUGAUCAUAAUUUGUGAAUUAAAAAUAGCCUAACAGUCAUUUUCGAAUUCUGGUAACAUUGGCAAUCGGGUCGCAUUAGAUGUGUAUUUUUAUAGUCCUCCGUUGCAAGAUCGUGGAAACGAUAUGGGGUUCGGCUCCCAUGAAUCUUGGCCAAUUCCUGCAAAUAUUGCCACCGGCGCAGUGUAUUUACAUCCUUAACGUUUUCGGCAUGUAGGAUGGUAUGAGGGGACGACCUGGCAAGCCAAUGGGAAGAUAUGCAUAUUUUAACACACGCUUGUCGAGAUGGAGACAUCAAUGAGAUGACCUGGGAACUCAAAAUCAGACCAAAUUCACUAGACGACUAACGACCUUAUUCCAACUGUGUGCAGCAACACUUCAUUCAAACGCUACUUCACCGAGAAGGGAAAUCUCAUUGCCGAGCCAAUGUAGAACCUGCACCUUCAGGAUUGCAUGACUUCUUUCCUUGCCUGGAUUUCAGCACACAGUCAGAUCUACCAGGACAGAGUAUGCCAUCUGCAUCUUUCCACAGAAUUCUACGACCAUUUCUACUUGGCACCUUUCUACUGGGCUGUUUUGUGACUCUGGUUUUGAUGUACUUCAAACCGUCAACUAGCUGGCUAUCAGGUCCUGUAGAGUCAACCGCAUCCACUAUCCAAGUUAAAAAUCUCUUCUCUACCAAGGGUGACAAAAACCUUACCACUGUACUCGUCUGGCUCUGGCCCUUUGGACAGACUUAUGACCUGGGUGUCUGCAGCUCUCUGUUCAACAUCGAGGGCUGUUUCAUCACAGCAGAUCGAAACCUAUAUAAUAAGUCAGAUGGGGUCGUCAUACAUCACAGGGAUAUCUGUACUGAUCUCUCCAACCUGCCCCCCCUUCAGCGUCCCUCCUUCCAAAAGUGGAUAUGGAUGAACCUAGAGUCACCAUCCCACUCCUCUCAGCUGCCCGGUAUUGAAAACUUGUUCAAUUUAACUUUGAACUAUCGUCAGGAUGCUGAUAUCGAAGUGCCUUAUGGGUCGAUUGUGGCGGCCCAAGGGGACGAGGAUUUCAUGCCACCGAGCAAAAGCAAGUUGAUCUGCUGGAUUGUCAGCAACUGGAACCAGGAUCACAUGCGCGUGAAGUACUACAAUGAGCUCUAUAAACAUAUUGAGGUUCACGCUUACGGACAAGCCUUUGGAGAGUACAUUGCAGAUCAAGAAUACUUUCCUACCAUCGCCAGUUGUAAAUUCUACUUGGCGUUUGAGAACUCAAUUCACAAAGACUACAUCACAGAGAAACUGUAUAACCCACUCUCUGUAGGGACGGUGCCUGUGGUUUUAGGUCCACCAAGACAGAACUACGAGAACUUUGUCCAGGGGGAAGCCUUUAUCCAUGUGGAUGACUUCACCUCACCCAAAGAGCUGGCUGAUUAUCUCCUGCUCUUGGACAGGAAUGAGGAGAUGUAUCUCAGAUACUUUGAGUGGCGACGGCACUUUAAAGUGAAAAAGGCAUACUUCUGGGCCGAACACACAUGCCUCGCUUGUGAUAAUCUCAAAAGGCACAAGGAGUACAAGGCAUUCAAUAACCUUGAUAAAUGGUUUUGGGGUGGAAUGCCUUGAAGGGCCAUGAAAUUGUUGUUUUGCAGUUGGAAGCAUUGCUUUAAGAUAUAUUCAGUCAUGAUGUAUUUGACAUUGUCAGCGACAAUGUUCCAACAUGUUUUUCUCACUGGUUAUAGGGGCCCAAAUAAGCCAUUCUCUUUUUUAUUUUGAUGCCAGACAUAUUUGGUCAGCCUUAAUUUGUCUCUUGCAUUUCAAUUCAAUCAUGAUUUAUGUUGUCAUUUGCAAUGCAUUUAAUAUUUGUUUCAUAAAAUCUCACUUUUAUACAUGACCAAAGGUAUGUGGACACCUGCUCGUCGAACAUCUUAUUCCAAAAUCAUGGGCAUUAAUAUGGAGUUGGUCCCCCCCUUUUGCUGCUAUAACAGC